AUGUUCGCUUGGAUUGGGUUACUCAAUGGCUGUCGUAACUUUUCAAAUGCCGUGCGUGUGGGCAAUCGCUUCACUCGUGAAGAGUUCCGACACCGCCUUCAGAAGCAAAACUUGAAGGAUUCGCAGAACAGUGGGUUUUUCUUUAUUUCUUGAAAUUAUGAGUUCCUCCAGAAACCGACAAGACGUUUGAGUUCAAAACGAAAGACGAAAUUCCCGUUCGGCCAGUUAAAGACCUGUACAAAUGCCUUGGAUUCACUCUUGGAGUUUCUUUUUCUGUUUUAUUUCAAGAAAAUUUUUUUCAGACCAGUGCUCUCGCGUUCACUACUGCAAUUGUAGUGGAUUUGGAAAGAAGCAAAAGAAAUAUUCGAAAUUAUCUCUUUUCGUCUAAGUUGAACCAUGAUUGAUAUUUUGAACGAUUUGUGUUUUUCCAGUAGGGAAAAGCCGUCUAAACCAUUCUUCCAGAAAAUUGGUCUGACAAACAACACCGUCAUAGCCUUGAUUGGAAGUAAAAAAUUUCUUCCUCGUCUCAUGUUAAUAGAUUAUUUUUCAGUGAAUAUUGGUGUAUUCGCUUUGUGGAAAGUUCCUGCUUUAAAAACUUUCAUGUGGCGAUAUUUCACUAACAGCUUUGCUUCAAGUGAGUUUUCAUAGUUUUCUUUUUUUUGAAAAGAUAUUUGACUUCUAUAAUGUUUCCAGAAUCUCUAUGCGUUCCAAUGUUGACGAGCGUUUUUUCCCACAGUUCGGCAAUCCAUCUUGCUCUCAAUAUGUAUGUUGCGACGACUUUUGUUGGCAUUGUCGUCGAAAAAUUCUUAGGCCACGAGCAGGUGAAUUUAUGAAUAAUAAUGAAUUUUCUCACAUAAAAUCCGCUUUGCUUUCAGUUUUGGUCUUUUUUCGUGGCGGGCGGAGUUUUCUCUUCGCUGACCAGUUUGGCACAUAAAGCGGUAACAAGAAAUCCAAUCCGAGCUCUUGGAGCGGUAUUAUCAUGCAAUGGAAACGAAAUCAAUGUUUUUUUAAGAGUGGAGCUAUAAUUGCUACUCUUGCGUACACGUGUAUGCGAAUCCCGGAUGCAAAACUUUCCAUUGUUUUUGUGCCUGGCUUUGAGUUUUCUGCCCAAUCGGCGCUUUGGGGAAUGAUCGCUUUCGAUCUCGCUGGACUGAUUUUCAGGUGUUUCCGGUUUUAUAUCAAAAAGUAAAAAAUGAACUUUAUCGAAGAACCUCAUAUUGAAACCUAUAAGAAAAUAACUCAUUCCAACCGUAGCUUGCACAAAAUUCAGUUUUGGAGAUGCUUCUUUUUGAAAAAUUCCUGAUUGCGCCUCUCAAUAAAAAUCUAUCAUAAAAAAACUUUGAAAAAAACUUAGUGUUUCGUACGGCCGAUUGUGUCCUAGAAAAACCUAUAUUUUUCAAGUGUUUUCUGGUAUAAAAAAAAUCGAAAACAAUCAAAAAAAAAAAAAUGAAUCGAUUAGCUUAUAAUUAUAAAAACAAAAUGAUUAAAAUUUUAGAUUCCGUAUGUUCGACCACGCCGCUCACCUUGGCGGAGCGUUAUUUGGAAUGUAAGACAAACAAAGUUUCAUCCAUCAUUGUAAUCAAACUUCAGUUUUUAUUCAACCAUCGGACAAGACUACAUCUGGAUUUACUACGGAGAACUAAUUGAAAAGCAGUGGACUAAAAUUUCUCCUUGA